UGUUUUUCCAGGAAAGAUAAUUUAUUUUGAAGAACGUGUAGGUAGAUCGACGUGUUGUCAAAAUGUCCCUAUCUGUCUCUAACGUUGAUAUUGUUUUCUUUAUAUUUGUAUUCAAAUACCGGUAUUUAAUUAUUUUCAGUUUGAAGGAUGAGUUUCUUUAGGUACAUGGUAGUGAGCGCAUUAAUUCUUGUUACAUCAGCUGCUACUCAACCUCCUGGAUUACAAAAUAAUGGAUCAGAUGAAGCAGCUAGAAAUAGUGACAAUCCAAUUCAGAGGGUCCUCGAGCAGUUUUUUGUCAAAAAAGCGAAAGGAAUGGAAAUGGAGAAGGCUAUCGCAGAAAUGGCGUCCACAAUUAAAAACAUGAUGGCCACUAUUGAUGCAAUGAAAUCUUCUAUUUCGUCGCUCGAAAGAGAUAUUGCAAAUAGGAAAGAAUUCAGAUUUAACCUUCGUGUUAGCACAGAGAUAAAGGAUAUAACUAGGACAGGGUUUAGCAUAAACCUCGCAAGAUGGGGAGACUCGGUGCUGUACGGAGCCAGAGUCAGCUGGAUGGCGUGUGGAAGAUGA